CUUAGUCAUGUAGUCCAUUGUUUCCCCUUGAGUUCCACACUGCACUGUAGCCCGCAGAGGAUCGCUCGCAAACUACCGAAGGGGGGGGGGGGGAAAGACACAUUUGUUUUUGAAGGCUCACAAAAUCCUGACUCAGUUGAAAAGAAUGAAUGCUUUUUUCAUACUGUGCAUGCAAAUACUGGAGUGGUAAAGUAUGACUUACUUUUCUGCUCUUUUUUUUUUCUUCUUCCAACAUUUGGUUGAAGGGAAUUCUGUAUGUAAUUUGACGACAGUACAGUUCCAUAAGUGGGAGGAACCUCAGAGGAUGGUUUGACUGGGACGAAAGGGAUCAUCUCACACAGAGAAGCAACUUUAAGAUAGAUCAAGGUCAUCGUUUCCCUGAAGUUUAAAGGAAAAUUAACGUAUUUCUAAUCUGCUGUUGGACAAACCGGAGGACAAUAUAUUUUAUUUUGACGAGAUUUGAGUCAUCCUACAGUCUGGCCGGAAUGUAUGGAUGCUUCAAGAGCAAAGAAUGAAGCGGAGGAUGUCUCCAUGGGGAGCCAGCUUUGGAAAUGGGCGAAGCAGUGACCCUGCCGCCAUGGCAUCAGGACCUCCAGAUGCGAUGGCCAAUCAGGAGCCUGCUGAGGUCGCGGAAGACUGCUCAGGAAAGAAGAAGUCCAAGUUCCAGACUUUCAAAAAUUUCUUUGCAAGGAAGAAGAAAAAGGAGCCAUCGGGAGAUCACGCAGAGCUUAAAGGCAGCCAGUCGAGUGACAGUAUCAGUAAAACAUCUGAAAACAAUACUCUCAGGCGCUCGGAGAAAGAGAGAGGGUCAAAGAUUAGCCUGGGGAGCAAGGCCUUGUCACACGACUCUGUCUUUGUCUCGGACUCGUCGGAGGCCAACGAGGCUCUGGGGGCUUCUCAGGAUAGCAUUCAUGGGAAAGUGAAAUUUCUUCAGCUCCAGCUGAAGCAGGCCAUCAGACUGGGCUCUCCUCCAUCGCUGAUGUGCGUGAAGAGGGCAGAAGAUGCCGGCACCAUGUCGGAGGACGACGGUCUACCCUGCAGCCCCCCUGAGUACACGUCACCUCAUGUAGCUAUGAAUCAGACUCAGAGGAACAGCUCCAUCAGCCUGGAGGGAGUAGACAGUGAUGAAGACCAGUUGUCAUGUGCUGCCUCCAGCAGAGCAGUGAGUCCCCUGGUGACAGUUCCGGGGGAUUUCAGUCAGCCUGCCAGCCCCUUUGCCUGUCUGGAUAACUCUGCUGCCAAACACAAGCUGGGCCUGAGACAUAAGGCCUGCAACAGGAGGAAACCAGCCAAUAGGAUUGAGAUUAAAUCAGAGGAACACAAUGGGAUAGAUGAAUCGUUAAGCAUCCCCUUCCCAGAAUGUUUAGAGGCGCAAGACGAAGAAACGAUAAGAGAUGCAAGUGGAGAUGAGCUGAAACAACAGUUGGAGGAGGAGGACGAAUGUCACGAGAACGAGCAGCCCUUCUUGCAGGGAGCAGAGGGAGAGGAGUCGGAAGCACAGGAGGAUUUGUCACUCUCUCAGGACACUACCUGUCAAUCAGAGAUGGUAGCUGCUGACACGCAACCUCCACCCUCCCCCGAACUCAGUACCAGAAGCUCCUCUCUGGACAGUCCCGGAGGAACACUAGAGCCUCCUGCUGGCCACAUAGACUUCCUGGAUUACUCACUUGUGAAAGAAAAAGAGGAGAACAUGGAUGGACCAGAUCUGGGAGAAGAAGAUGGACUCGGGGACGGUGUGGCGGGCGACUUCUUACAGGAAGUGCUAAGCUCCCUAAAGAAACCGCUACCUUCUUGCUCUCCAUCUGUGGACUCUGAGGAUCUUGCCCUGGAGAUAAAGGAAGAAAAAAAGGAGACAGAAGAUGAAGAAGAGGUGAAGAAUGAGCCUGCAUUUCAUCUAGUUGCUCCUUGUGAUACUCUCCUGUUGAAUCAGUCCAGCGAGGAAGAAGAAGAGGAGGAGGAGCUUGCCACUUUGAGCAAUCCUUCUCUACAUGUUGAUGAAAAGGAGGAAAGUGAAGAUGAUGGUGAAAAAGAAGAAGAGGAGGAGGAAGAGGAGGAACUUGUCAUAGAAAGAUUCAGUCAAUGUUGUAUCCAGUUAAAGGACACAGGAGAGAACGACGCACCACAAGAAGUCAAACCUGAAGAGCAACACCACCACUGGGAAGAGCAAGAAACUGAGGCAAGUGAGGAAGAACAAAAGGGGACAGAUCUUGAACCGGAGGGAGAAGGUCAAGAGGUGAGCGUGGAAGAGGAGGUAGAAGAAAAACAACACUGGAUAGAGGAGGCAGGAGAAGAAGAGUGGGACAUGCUUCCUGAUGUAAUAUGCCAUGAAGUUUGUAAUGUAUCCAUAUUGACGGAGGAAAAAGAACAUGCUGAUGCCAUGAAGAACGCAGAAUGCACACGUGAUGAUGAAACACCUCAAGAGCCAUGUGAUGGGGUAGCCGACGCCGUACGCGACAGCCAAGUGUCUCCCAACGAAAAUGACCGUGAAAGGCAAGCGAGAGAGAGUGGAGCGGAGGAGGAGGAUGACAUAAAGCACAUAGAGCCACAUUCAGAACCACAGGAAGAAGCAGACCUGGCCAAGGAUGAAAAUGUGGUGCGGGAAGAAGUACUGGAGAUGAAAGAAGAAAUAGAAGCAAAGCAAAUAAUAUCACCCUCUUCCUCGUCUUCACACGCUCCUUCACAAGACAGCGAGGCCCUCGCUCUCAGUACAACAACCACCCUCAGUGGGACUAACACUCCCAUUGAGACCAUCACUCCUCAACAGACCAUGGUUCCCUGUGAGACUGUCACUCCUAUAGAGACCACCGCUCUCACCGAAACCCUCCCUCCUACCGAGACCAUCCCUCCUGCUGAGAACAACACCCCCACUGAGACCUCCACCGCUGUCCACGUGAACCUUGUCUCUCCAAACUCCGAGUCGAGAACCUUUGCCUUUCAGCUGUCUCCGACUGAUGAAGAUUCCAAAGUGUCUUCUUCUAAUUCAACGACAGAGCAACAUGCUUUUGAAGAAUCCGCUGACACUGUCACAGAAAUACAAGAAGAGCUGGUGACCCAGAUCUGUGAUACAGCAGCUGUUGUGGAAGAAGCCAUGCCUUCUUCACCUGAGGACGAAGUAGCCAACCAGUCCCUCGAAGGUCCCGAGGAGAGCAAAGUUUGUUUCACCAUCGCACCCACCUGGCAGAGAUCUCUCUCUGGUGGGGAAGACAAAGAGACCCCAUCCUCUUCAUCAGCCCCAACCCCCAGCGCAGGGCCUGGACAUGAGGAUGUGGAGGCGACCACCAAGGAAGACCCACAGGUGGAUGCCCAGAUGGAGAACUUAGUGAAAACAACAGUGGGUGGAGGCACUGCUGCCAAACCUGCAAAUUCUGUGGUCCAAGAGCCAUUCAGAGCUCAAACCUCAGCUGUUGCAGCCAAAGAAGGUAGCUCUGUUGUGAUAGAUGGAAACUACCACUCUCCCUUUGGAGUUCGUCUGAGGAAGACAGCAGUUCUGCACCGCUUCAGCUCGGAAGAGGAAAAUACAGAGGCACCCAUUGAGCCUCCAGUGGAGCCUGUUAGUUGUAAAGGUGAGGCGACCAGUUUCAAACCCUCCAUAAGUCAACCAGUGGGCACCAAACCUGCCCUUCCCAAGAAACCAGAUGUCCACGGGGACACUGGGGUGAAAACCAAGCGUGUCUCAGAGCCUGCUGCAGCACCUGGUGUUUCUGCUGCAUCUGACGGUCCCAGCUGGAUCUCCGUGGCCAGACAGAAACAAAAGAUCUAUAAAGAGAAUUCACUGGACGAGAUGACAGUUAAGAAGGAGGAACAAGACAGAAAGUCUUCAGUGCCUACGUACGUCAGCUCAGCAUUGAAAAAGGAACUCUGUACCAAAACACCUGAAUUCACUGGAAGAGUGAGUUUGUCAGAGAUCAGUAAGCCUUCAUCAUCUACAGAAAAUGAGACAAAGAAGUCUCUGUCCCCUGUGACUCCAGUGCCACCUCAACCGCCUAAAUCUCAGCCUCUUCCCUGCCCUGUAAACCCCAAACCACCGCUUCCUUUGGCCACGUCCAAACCUGCACCACAGGCCGCCCCCUCCCAUCGAUCCUUAUCCCCUCCUAUUCCUGUUCCAGCUACCAUAAAACCUGCUCCUACUUCCAACCCGUCCGCUCUGUCCAAAACCUCUGCAGAAUUCAAGCCAGCGCAGACCCAGAGCCUGACACUCACCUCGCCUCCUUUUUCAUCAAGAAUCAACCCUCCACUCCCAGCUUCAAGAGUUCCAGCACUUUCUGGUCCGUCGACUGCAUCUCAGCGCAGUCUUCCGCCUCCGUCUUUGUCCCAGGAUGAGCCACCAUGGAUGGCUCUGGCCAAGAAGAAGGCCAAAGCCUGGAGCGAGAUGCCUCAGAUAGUUCAGUGACAGCCGUGGCUUGCAGAAGCUCCGGUACUCUGGUCCAGUGUGACCUGUGCAUUGAAGGUCCAGAAGGCUCACAUUUGAUGACUUGAC